UCUGCGCGGGUCCGAGAUUGGAAAAACGGUGCUCGCGCAACACGUGAAAUUCAUCGUGGCAAGCUCGAUUCGCAUGAUCACGGAAGCCGGAGGAAGAAGCUCGUUUUCCGUCGCGAUUCGAUAAGGAAGAUUGGUCGGAUCGUUAAUUUUUCGGUGAAUCGUCUGGAUCUCGUGCGUCGCGUUUUCCAAGUGCACACUCGAAGGACCGCUAGUUGCAAGGAAAUGGAGGGCACGGGAAUGAUUAACGGCGGGCCCGUCCGUCAGAAGAGCAGGAAGCUGUGGCAGUACCUCGCCUCUAUUUCCGCGUGUUUCCUGGUGGUCGGGAUUGGUACAGCCCUGGCAUGGACCUCGCCUGUGCUUCCUCGCCUGUACGCGGCCGAUUCGUUUCUGUCGAUCACCGAGGAACAGGGUUCCUGGGUCAGCUCUCUACUCGCCCUGGGAGCCAUCGGGGGCGCCCUUCCAUCAGGCUCGAUGGCGGAUAAAAUGGGACGGAAGAAGUCUCUGCUCAUGCUAUCCUUUCCGUUCCUGGCCUCCUGGGGACUGAUCCUCGUGGCAACGGAAGUGAGGCUCCUCUACAUCGCCAGGUUCCUGGUCGGCAUCGGCGUCGGUGCAGGAUGCGUAAUAGGACCCACGUACAUCUCCGAAAUCUCCGAAGUCUCGACCAGGGGAACACUGGGUGCGUUUUUCCAGCUGUUCCUCACCGUUGGAAUCUUCCUCGCCUUUGUCCUAGGCAGCGUCCUCAGCUACAACAUCUUCGCCAUCGUCUGCGCGCUCAUCAUCGUCCUCUUCUUGGUCACCUUCUACUGGAUGCCCGAAUCUCCUGUCUGGUUGGUGGGUCAGGGCAGUAAGCAGGAUGCUACAGCCGCGCUGAUAAGGCUGAGAGGAGAGGACUACGACCCGAGACAGGAAAUCAGCGAGAUGCAAAAGUCGGCGGAGCAAAAUUCCGGUAGAAAGCCAACGAUCUCGGAGAUGGCAAAAGCCCCGGUCACCAAAAAGGCCAUGAUCGCUUCCUUUGGGAUGAUGUUCUUCCAACAGGCUUCCGGCGUGAACGCCGUGAUCUUCUACACGGUGAUGAUCUUCAAGGCAGCCGGAAGCUCCAUGCCGCCGGAAGUGUCCUCCAUCGUCGUCGCUCUGGUCCAGUUGGUGAUGUCAGGUGUCGCUGCGUUGAUUGUGGAUCGAGCCGGAAGGAAGCCACUGCUCAUGAUUUCCACUGGCAUUAUGUCAGCCAGUUUGAUCGCGCUGGGAUACUACUUCAAGCAAAAAGACAGCGGAAAUGAUGUCAGCUCGCUGGGCUGGCUACCGUUGACUUCCUUGAUCGUUUUCAUGGUCUCCUUCUCCAUUGGUUUGGGACCAGUGCCCUGGAUGUUGACUGGCGAGCUGUUCUCCGCAGAGUCGAAGGCAGUCGCGUCGAGUGUCGCGGUAAUGUUAAACUGGUUCAUGGUGUUCGUCGUGACAAAGACAUUCCCGACCAUGAACGAACAGUUGGGCAUCGACAUGACCUUCUGGAUCUUCGCCGCGAUCAUGGCCAGCGCCACGCUCUUCACUCGCAUGCUUGUCCCGGAGACCAAGGGGAAGACCUACCAAGAGAUCUACGAGGAACUUCAGGCCAACGCCUAAUCCGUCAAAGCUGUCCGAAAUUUCGAAAUUAUUUCGGAUUUUAUCAUCCGUUCAUCGUCUCUUUAACCCACGGGAUAAACCCUCGUUGCAUCGUCAUCGACCUCUUCAUCGAUUGCAAAACAUUGUAAUCAUGCUACUUGCUGUACCUACGUUUGAUCUAUCGCUUCAUUAACGAGAGUAUCAACUUCUCGACCUGAGUCACGUAUUCGAUUAAUUUAAUUAUUUCACGAUCCAACCGACUGGACGACUGCUGCUAGAGCAAACAGCGAAAUUCUAUUGUAUUUAUUAACCCAUUUGCAUCCAAGCGCGGAAUAAUCCACGAGCUGACCUUCUUCCAUUACCGGUUACUGAAUAUUCUUCUUAUACCACGGAUUGAUUCCUUUUGCGAGCAUCUCAGCUACAUCGGUUCAUUAUAUUCUUAACGAGUUUUACUUUUGUCGUGAACAUCUUUUUAACUGCCAUUACGAGUAAGUGCUGAUAGAGACCAGUCGUCAGUUGAAUGCAAUGCCAUGAUGCAAAUGGGUUAACAAGGUUGCACUGAUCGACCAAAGCGGAUUGGUAUCUUCGACAAAAUCAUCUUCCCUAUCAUCCACGUCUGGAAUUCGACUAUUUUCCUUACUUUUCCACGUUUAUUCCACGUAUAGACGUGCAUUUGUUCUUUGACUUGCCAUCAUCCCGCAGCUCUCUGUCAUGCAUUCCCGUUUCGUUGAUCAUGAUGGUGUUUAAUCGUGCCCCCCGUGAUCGAUUUGUCUUCAUUCGUGCAGAUUAAUUACAAUUCGUAGCUAGCCGAGGAAAAGAUCGGUUCUCGAUCGUUCGUGCAUAACGUGGAUCGCGGCCGUGCCCGAUAUCCGGUAUCGCAAGUAGCGUUAUCGAUGGCUGACGUUUACAAUGGAAACGUUGCAUCGGGGAGCAUUCGACCUAUCUCGCGCUAUCGUUUCUUACUCUCCUUUUCCCUCGAGAGGAUACGGCGAACGAGUAUCUCGAGCCGAUAAGCACGAUAACGAUCGAGGCUAUCGAUCACUGGAUCGACGCGCAAAUUCCUCCUGCUUCUUCCUCUUUCCUCCAUCUUCCUCCAACCCUCUCGCUGCGUCCCUUAUCGAUCGACGAAUCGGAUCUCGGACUCGUCCUUCCGGGAUAAAUCUGAGGAUAGGACCGAGCUUAUAUUCGCACUCUAAAUUUAUGUCAAUUUAUUUUUUAUUAAAAAUUACGCAUUCAACGAGAUCGCUGUGUUUUCUUGCUCGCGAGAUUUUUUCCCCAGAUACGCGUGUAAUUAAUUAUUCGAUAUUUUUCUCUUAUCUCGAUCUUUUUCGAGACUCUUCUUGGAUUUUCUCAUCUAUCAGUCACUUGUCGCGGCAGGUUUAACGUUAAAUAAAUUCUUCCGCGUGUGAGCACACGUAGAGACCAGUGACAAUCGUCAGCCAGUGUAAAUAUUAAAUUCGUAUUGUCAUCGUGCGUUGAUAAUUACUAUUUUUCGUUGUUUGUCCAUCCUGCUGCUCCUGCCCCCGGCGAGAUUCGAAUAUAAUUGCGAGUUAAUCGCGGCAAUUAAAAAUCAGCGUGGCCUGGGUAAACAAAUGAAAUCGCGGCUACUUGUUUUCGCGUUAGAAUCGGGCAAUUUUCGACGCAAUUAAAGCGCAAUCAUGGCGGCCGAAAAGAAUCGGAGUGUCGCGUAUGA